AUGAGUGGAAGCGAUGGUCAGUCGAGUCGUGUCCUCAACGAUGACGUCCUGUUCCUGAUCUUCAGACACAUAGAUAUCACUGAUUUGUUUUCAAUACAAAGAGUGUCCCAACAGUUUUACGAGUGGACACAAAAAGCAUUGGCAGCGAAGACAGUCCUCAACAUCGGACUCGAUUCGAAAGAGUUAUUUUCAUUUAAUAUCACGAAAGCGUUGAUCAGAGAUCGCUGUCUUUUGAAUUACAAUCCGUAUCUCGUAUUGGAUUCAAUGCUUCACAUCUUCAUCAGUGUUAAAACAUUGUAUUUGUCGAGACUUACCAUCGAUUACGAGACAAUGGAAGUGAUUGUCAACCGUUUACCACAACUAAAGAUCUUAUACUUGUCAUGGAUUUCUAUCAAUAGACCGCAGGAUAAGACAGUCACCGAAUGGACACAACUUUUAUCAAAAGUCACACAAAUAGAGAUCCAUUAUUUUUCAGAGCUAUUAGUGAUGAAUUGCAUCCGAGAUCUGCCAUCACUUCAAAGUUUAGAAGUGAAUCACAUGAGACCACUGACACCGCAACUCAUGGCUGAUUGCAUACCCUCUGGCAUCAGAACCCUGAAGACAAACGCUCAAUACGUUGACACAAAUGUACUCAAUAUUAUGGCCAUAAGAUGUGUUCAAUUGGAAGCGCUUUCUCUAUGCGAUUUUAAUGUCACAUUAGAACAGUUUAGCAUAAUUUGCAAUCAAUUCAAAAGAAUUAAAAGACUUGACAUUAAAUUGGAUGGCAUUUCGACCCAAGAGUUGGCCCAAAACAUCUCAAAGUUAAAAGAUUUAAAGCAUUUGAAGCUCGAGUUCUCGUAUUACAACAAGUUUUGCUUUGACACCAAUGUUAUGAUGUCUUAUAUGAAACCCAUUACUAGUCUUCGCUCAUUGAGUUUGGAUUCAAUUAAAUGUUCGGCCAAACGGUUGACACAAUUGCCACAAAUGUUGCCAAAUGUGACCAAAAUAUCUAUCGGUGAUCUCAAUUGUCACAUAGACUGCAGUCGACUCAAUGACUACUUCUUCGCCAAUGAAUGUCUGCAUAAAGUGAUGCAAUGGUUGUCAAGAGUACCCAAAUUGAGACAUUUGACACUCGAUAGAUUUGCGCCAUUCCUUAGACUUAAGACAUUUAAUUUAUUCGUUGACUUGAUUCCAACAGUGAUGGACACGAUGUCGACCACAACUGCGGACACAAAUCCGUUGUCCAAUAAAAUCAAUAAAAUACUGAAUAAACCGAUGGAUCGGGAGACGUUGGAAGCGCUGACGUGUGUCUCAUCGGUGGUAAAGGAUAAUAACCUCCACAGCCGUCGCAAUCUUCGCACAGACAUCGAGAGACAAAGUCUGACCAUUAAUGAAGAGUUUGUCAAA